GCCCCACAACCAUCAUCAACCUUUCGCUCCCGCCGCUACAGGUCAUUCAAUUUAUCCCUGCAAUCAUGACUGACACUGAGGUCGGUUUCUAAUCAUUUUCCUAGCUAUUGUGUUGUUUUCUGGCAUGUGCUCACUUUUCAUAGGAAGCUCCUGUAUUCGACCCCUCGCUCAAGAAGAAGAAGCCAAGAAAGUCGGUUGCUUUCGAGGCCGAAAACGGAGAUGAAGUUAACGGGGAGGAGAAGAAUAAUGCUGAGUCUCAGAGCUUAGGUUCGCAUACCCCACUGUUGUAUCCACGGCUUACUGUCUCCGAUUGUAUCUUGUACCGCUGUUGCCGUUUUUUUUCCGGCACAGCGACGGUAUAUACAGUGUGUCAUGUGGCUAACGAAACAGGAACAGCAGAAACUGGGGAAGGUGGAGAACAAAAAGAGGGCGAGGAGGGCGCUGCCGAGAUGUUCAAGGGCAAGAAGAAAAAGAAGGUCAAGAAGGCCGACGACGAUGAUGACGCCCCAGGGGAUGUCGCCGAGUUUGACCCCACAGCAAUGAAAAAGAAGAAGAAAAAGAAGGUUUCCAAAGAGAAGGCUGAGGGUGACUCUUUCGAUGCAGCCUUGGCCGAGGCUGGUGUUGUUCCCCGGGGUGCGGGCGAAGAAGGUGCCGAGGAUGCCGAGCCAGCCCUCCCGGAAGAUACUGGAGACCUCCUUCUUGGGACCGGGGUCUGGAAUGCUGCCUCCACUGUCGACCUCACCUAUCCUCUGCUUUUGACUCGAUUCUUCACUCUGCUGCGCUCUCAGCAUCCCGAUCUUGCUGGCGAUGGCAGAAGGAGUUAUAAAAUCCCCCCACCACAAGUGCUUAGGGAAGGUAACAAGAAGACAAUUUUUGCGAAUAUCAGCGAUAUUUGUAAGAGGAUGAAGAGGGGCGAUGAGCACGUUACUCAAUUCUUAUUUGCCGAGUUGGGUACGUCUGGUUCAGUCGAUGGUAGCAAGAGGUUGGUCAUUAGGGGCAAAUUCCAGCAGAAGCAGUUGGAAAACGUUCUUAGGCGUUAUAUCUGUACGAAUCUUGCCCGCUCUACAAAGCUUGGUAUAGAAAAUUCUAACGGCUCCUGUCACAGUGGAAUACGUUACCUGUAGAACCUGCAAAUCCCCUGAUACGGAUCUUAAGAAGGGAGAAAACCGCCUUUUCUUCGUCACCUGCAAUAGUUGUGGAUCCCGGCGCUCCGUUGCGUACGUUCUCCCCUCUCCCCGUACUUGUGCUCACCCAUUAAUCACGCCCCAAACAGCGCCAUCAAGACUGGUUUCCAAGCCACCGUCGGCAAGAGACGCAGACAACAAACCUAAUUCUCCCCUCAACCUUCCGAGAAAAAAAAGCGUCAUCGAAGGAUGGUAUACCUAUGGAUUUGUUUUGUGGUCGUUGGACAGGGUUGAAAAUGGGUAGGAGGGGGGAGGAAAGGAGGGGAGUAUCGGUUGCGUUAGUUUUUGGGCUCUUGAACUUCCCUGCAGGCCAUUCUUUUUUACUUUUUUACUAUAGUUGAUACUGGUGGUUGCGGAAUGACGAGAUGAUGUUUUCACUUUUUUUCUUCUCUCCCCUUUUUCUCACCCUUUUCAUUCUUCAGCUGUUUGUGAAUAUGGGGGCACGGUGGAGAGGAGGGUGUAAGUGGGGGGGGGGGUGGAAAAUUACGUAUACAAUUAGAGGCAGAGUUGUACCCAAGAAAAUGGCAGCUUUCCUUUUUC